AAAGGAAUUCUUCCUUUUUCCAAUUGUUCGAUGUAUAUGCGCUCUACUGCAACUAAAUUCCCUUCUUCACUGCAUAUUAUGUACAACCGGAAAAGCAAUCGAUCGAGCUCCAGCGUGAAUAGUAAUGCAAGUUCUACCGAUGACCCUGAGCGGUAAGUCUCGCCCACUUUCACCCUAUGACUACAUCGUCCCUAAUUAUGGAGGUAUAUCCAGUGAUUGUUACGGGUUCUCAAAGGUAUCCCCGUACAUUCCAAUUCACAAGGUACAGGAGUUCGAGGCUCGAUACCAGCCUAUGAUGAUGAACAGAUUAUACCAAUGGGAUCGACUAUUACUUGAUAAUGGUGGAGUAUGGCCCGAGCGAUCCACUAGACUCAGGCGAUUUUUUCGUAAGGGGGUUCCUCGCCAUUACCGAGCUGAGGCGUGGCUCCACUACAGUGGUGCCAAAGUGUUGAUGGAUAAGAACCCUCAAUUGUACCGAUCGCUAGUCAAGUCAGCAGAAAUGAUGGGAAGGCAUAAUGAAUACAUGAACAUCAUUGAGCAAGAUCUUCAUCGCACAUUUCCGGACAACGAGCAUUUUCGCUGCACUAAUCCAGAGACUCACCGCUACGCCUGCUAUUCCGUAGCAUGCAUGCCAAAGAUCCACGGUUUGCGUCGAGUUCUUCUCGCAUUGAGCAUAUAUACUCCUUCCAUUGGCUACUGCCAAUCCCUCAAUUUCAUCGCCGCACUGUUGUUACUAUGCACGGAAAACGAAGAGCAUACAUUCUGGAUCAUGGUGGCUACGACAUCGAACAUUCUUCCACCUUCUACUUAUGACGCCACCAUGGAAGAUGCCACUGUAGAUCAGUUAACGCUUCUAUGGCUGAUAUUUGACAGGUAUCCUGCUAUAUGGUCGAGGAUCAGCAACGAUGUUCCGUUUUGGGAAUUAGAACAAAAGGAGCGGCCACCACCAUCGGCUUUGGUUACCACGCACUGGUUUCUGACGCUAUUUUCCAACGUACUGCCUAUCGAGUCAGUGUUCCGUGUAUGGGAUACCUUUUUCUAUGAAGGGCAUACGGUGUUGUUCAGGAUGGCCCUUGCGCUGCUUGAAAUUAAUUCACCCGCGCUGCUGAACGCAGAAGACAGUAUGGAAGUGUUUCAAAUAAUGCAGAGUUUACCCAAGCAAGCCAUCGAUUGCAACCAUCUGCUUGAUACGGCGUUCGCGCGUAGGAAAAAUCCAUCAUACAUAACAGACGAAGAGAUCCAACACCGAGUUUAUGUGAUCCGUGAACGACGCAAGAGACGUGAUAGUGAAGUGAACAGAUAGGAACUGGUCUUUUUUUUUUUUUUGGUUGGUUGGUUCAUAAAUGCGGGUAGUUCCUUUUUGGAAUGUGCUACUUUUGCAAUAAAUACAUUGCGUUACAUACGAUACUUUGAAAAAGGAGAGAGAGAGAGAAAUUGUA